CUGAAUUAUUAUUGUUGCAGGUUCUGAAGUUUGUUUUUAUAAUUUGUGAUAACCAUGUUUUCGAGUAAGGAUUAGCUCAACGGUGUAGUUAAUAAUGUCGUGAAUGAGAAAGUAAUAAAGAGUAGCAAGAUGAUAUGAUAUUUAAAGUAAAUCAUGUGUCGUAUGUUUUAAUUUCUAUUGUGUCUGAUUAGUUUUUAUAAAUGCUCUAAACAAAGCCUUAAAUAUAUAGUAUCCCGGUUAAUUCAUAACUUUUGGAUGAAAGAAUAUCAAAAAUAUGCUUGCCUAAAAUACAUUUUCAUUCGUGUGCACCAUCUAAUUGAAUCCAAAUCGAAUUUUGUGAAUCGUGGAUAAAUAUACAAGCAUAUAAGAAUUCCAUUAAACUCGUAGCUACUUGACAAGCAAUAAAAUGGAUGAUAAUUUAAUAACAGAAUCAGAGACAAGAUCAAAAGUAUCCUCUUAUUCAACAAUCAUAAGUUCGAAUACUUUAGCAAGUGCUAUCGGCCCAUUGUCUUCGACUCCUCCUAAGUCACUAGAUUCCAGAACGAUACGUAAUUCGUAUCCCGUUGAUACUAGUUCACAAAGUGAUGAUUCAGAUAAUGAAUAUUUAGAUAACAGUAUCGAACUCCGCGGUUAUCUCAGCAAAUGGACAAAUUAUAUAUAUGGCUGGCAACCACGUUAUAUAGUUCUGAAGAAUGGCACUCUUUCUUAUUAUAAGUCGGAGUCGGAGUCAGACCUUGGUUGCCGUGGAGCUAUAUCUCUCAGUAAAGCUGCAAUCAAAGCUCACGAUACUGAUGAACUACGCUUCGAUGUGGUCGUUAACAAUUACAAUAAUUGGUGCUUACGUGCGGAAACACCGGAAGAUCGCAUGCACUGGGUCGAAGUACUUCAGAUGUAUAAAGAGGAGUCGGGCAGCACUGAUACCACAUCGUUGCGUCGUCAUGGAAGCGCAAUAUCUUUGCAAUCCAACACAGUGUCUGUAGCUAGUGGCAGCAGUCUGAAAAAGUCACAAAGAAACUUGAAGGAAAAAGUUGGAGAAAUAGAGACGUUUAAAGACAUUCUUUUCGGACAGAUAGAAACUCUUCAAAGAUAUUUUGAUGCGUGUGUCGAUGUUAACAAGUUAACAGGAAAACCUCUGGAUUUGGGAGAUGGUCUGAAGCCAAUCGAUUUUAAGGGAGAAUCUAUCACAUUUCGUGCUACGGCUUCUGGAGUAUUGACAACACUUCAACACUGUUUGGAAAUUAUUGCCGAAAGUGACGAUUUGUGGAAAAGAAAAUUAGAGCGAGAAAUAGAAAGGAGGAAACGCUCAGAAGAACAAAAUCGAAAAUACAAAGACGAAAUCGAAAAAGUCAAACGUAUUUCAUAUCCAGGGCCGGAUUUAGAGGAGGGUCCUCAUUCCACUUUGCCGGAAGAUGAGUUCUUUGAUGCAGUUGAAACUGGACUAGAAAAGAUCGAAGAGGAUAUGCAGAUUCGUGCGAAACUAAAACUGCAGACGCAACAAUCAUUGACUUUGGCCAAUGUGCCAUAUCAAACUCAACAAAAAGGAAAUGAUCCCAGUACAGAUGAGUUCGGUACCGGGGGUUUAGCUAGAAGCCACAUUCUCUGGCCUGAGAUCGAUCGUGUAUGCCGCGAGCAGUUACAUUAUGCUCGCGAAGGAGUUGGCCAAGGAGGUAAUGGUUGGCAAAUAUUUGCAGAUGAAGGUGAAAUAAAAAUGUACAAGCGUGAAGAGGAAGUGAAUGGCUUAGUGAUGGACCCAUUGAAAGCAUAUCACAGUGUCAAUGGGGUAACUGCACGCGAAAUGUGUCAUUACUUUUUCAUGCCCGAAUUUCGCAAUGAAUGGGAGACAACCUUGGAAGACUGUACUAUAUUAGAGAAAAUUUCACCAGACACAUUUGUCUUUUUACAAACGCAUAAACGUAUCUGGCCCGCCAGUCAACGUGAUGCCUUAUUCUGGUCUCACAUGCGCAAAAUUACAGAUGGAUUAGAUGAUGACGCGGUAGACAUGUGGGUUGUAUGUAAUAACUCGACGGAAUAUUCUAAACAAGAAUCCAAAAAUGGCAAAUGUGUACGCAUAUUUCUGACAGUGAUUUUAGCUUGUCAAACGCUUUUACCACCUGGAAAAACAAGUAACGAUAUCCUCAGCCGAGAUGAAUUAACUUGUAAAAUCACAUACUGCUCUGUUGUGAAUCCCGGUGGUUGGGCACCUGCAUCCGCUUUACGCGCUGUUUACAAGCGCGAAUAUCCUAAGUUCCUUAAACGCUUCACUGGAUACGUGAUAGAUCAAUGUAAGGACAAACCAGUCAUGUUUUGAUGUUUGUAGAAAUUAGAAUUUUUCUAUAAAAUAUGUAAGAAAAUUUUAUAUUAUAGCCGUGUUUUGCUUAAUAUUAAGUAAUUAACUGGACGCUACGCCUUUGGAUUAUCGUAAAAAAAAAUUGUAGCAAUGUUUUGUAUAAUGAUAAUAUGUAAAAAACACUUUAUUACCUUCUUGAUAGCUCAAACGAUUUCCAGUUUUAUCAUAAUUUUUUUUAUAUAUAUUAAGUAGAAAUAAACAAACGAAAAAUCACUAUUCUUACCAUAUAUUGUGUGAUUGUAUAUAAGCAAGAAAAAUUGCAUUCAAAUAACGAUUCUAAUAAAAAAUAAAUAAAGCUUCAACCAUUAAACAUAUAUUAAACAAAACUUUUAAUUUAAAUACAACCUCAUAAAAUAAUUACUGUUUUUUUUAAUAAUUAUCACUUUGAUAUCACCGGUUUUGUAUUUUGUCAAUCGACAGUAUUAGACAACCGUCUUAUAAUUGCUAUAUUAUUGUCUUUCGAUUACUAAAUACAAUGAUAUAUAACCAAUUUUUCAUUUAAUAUAAAAUGAUAAAAUACCAAAACAAGUAAAAAAAGAUAAUUUCGUGUUGAAUAAUAGUAAAUAUAUGAUCAACUUCAAGGUGUUUUAGCUCAGCCAUGUACAUACAUACAUAUAUGGUAUAUGAAUAUUAAUAUUAAGCAAGUAAAUGUCACCAAAAUCUGUCGGAUUUGCCAAUUCUAAAUGGACCAUACAUUAUUGCAAAUAAUCGGUGAUAAAUUGAAGAAACAGGUUAUGAAAUUUAAAUUGAAUUUUAUAAUUAUUUCUGUAAUAUUUGAACCAAAUAACAGUUCAAUAAAUUAUCCAAACACAGAUGUCCACA